CAGGCUUCAUCCAGGGCACCCUAGAAUCUUCCUGUCAGAAUUUGUGUUCUUGCCCUGAGAACAAUUCUGUGCUUGUGCUGUGACUAAACACUGAUUUGGUCCUAUGUGAAGUGUGAUUUUCUUAAUGUGACCUGCUUUUCUGAAUUUGCUUACAGAAGAUCGAAAAGAUCACGAGGAGGACCGGCAAUACGGAGACAGCCAAAAUAAACUUCUUAUGAGUCAAGCGGCCCACGACCCGGGCUGCCGGCUGAAGACGGAAGAAAAUGACCAAGAUGAGGAUGAAGAUGUUCACGUCGCAGAGGCUGAGCAAAUAGAGGAGUCACGUGCCCCCAGGCUCAUCGGGGAGGUGCCGAAGGAUGAUGUCAAGAGAGUCCUUGAAGACUCACCGGAGGAACGUGUCAUCACUCGUUCAAACAGCUGUGGCCCUUCUGACUCCAGCCAGCCUCACGGAGACACCAAUGACCUCCCAUUUGAGGAAGACAGCGUCGAUUCUGCACCUGUUGUAGAGAGUCCAUCAUCUCAAGAUGUAGUGGAGGAUGCUCUAAUCGUUCUUUCAGGUGACCCCUACAUUCCUUGUUUUUGGUACCUCUGUCUAGGCUGAGGAAGAUCAACUCUGAAGGCAGGCUCUAUACACACAAAUCGGUUUGAAUAAAAAUGUGUGAUGGGACACUAAACGCAGACGUCAGGGAAUUUUUAUCUCUUCCUCAGCUCACGCCAUGCGUUUGUCUCCCAGGCCCAAGUAUCAAGUUACCAGACCCCAGGCCGGUGUGACAAACUCACGGUCGCCUGAGUGCAGGAGGUGUACAGUAGGUGUCUGUCAGGUCUCCUAGCUUUGAGUCGGUAUCUCUCAUCUCCUGUCAUUAUGUCACCUGUCCCUGAACGAUGUUCAUGGAGUUUCCAUUUCUUUUUAAGGAAACUGGGAGCCUUGCCUAUUUGUUUGGCGAUAUUGUUCCCCAGGUGUCACUGCUCGGAGCGUCGGUCUUGAUCUCUUUUGAGUCAGCUUGCUUAGCUGCACAGUCACCUUGAAACCAGGAUGAAAACAUU